UCGUCUACCUCUCACCACACGCGAAAAAGACGAAUUUUUUUCGAGAAAAAAAAAUCUCGGAGGUGAGGUGAGGUGAGGAGAGGAGAGAGUAGGUUGGGGGGUCGGAGAGGCAUUGCCGGCGGCGGCGGCGGCGGCUGAUGGGGUCGGUGGCGGACGAGGCGGAGAUCACGGGGCCCCUCCUCGCCGGUCAAGGCGAUGGCGGCGGCGGUGCCACCGCGGGGCCGCCGGCGGCGGCGGCGGAGAGGGUGCCGCCGUGGAGGGAGCAGGUGACGGUGCGCGGGAUCGUGGUGAGCGCGAUCCUCGGGGUGCUCUUCUGCCUCAUCACCCACAAGCUCAACCUCACGGUCGGGGUCAUCCCGUCUCUCAACGUCUCCGCGGGGCUGCUCGGCUACUUCCUGCUCCGGUCGUGGACGGCGGUGCUCGGGGGGCUCGGCGUCGUCACCGAGCCCUUCACCAAGCAGGAGAACACCGUCAUCCAGACCUGCGUCGUCGCCUGCUACGGCCUCGCCUUCAGCGGGGGCUUUGGGUCAUAUAUUCUUGCAAUGGAUCAGAAAACAUAUGAGCUUAUUGGGACAGAUUAUCCUGGUAACAGGGCUAUUGAUGUUAAGAAUCCUUCAUUGGGUUGGAUGAUCGGGUUCAUGUUUGUUGUUAGCUUUCUUGGACUAUUUAGUCUUGUUGCACUCCGCAAGGUCAUGGUAAUUGAUUACAAGUUGACUUAUCCCAGUGGAACUGCAACAGCUAUGCUGAUAAAUAGCUUCCACACUACCAGCGGGGCUGAGCUUGCAGAAAAGCAAGUUAGCUGUCUUGGAAAGUAUUUAAGCAUUAGUUUUCUCUGGAACUGCUUCAAGUGGUUCUUCAGUGGUGUUGGAGACUCCUGUGGCUUCGACAAUUUCCCAUCUCUGGGACUUGAAGCAUUUAAGAACUCGUUUUAUUUUGAUUUCAGUCCAACCUAUAUUGGAUGUGGUCUUAUAUGCCCACAUAUUGUUAACUGCUCCACGCUUCUUGGAGCUAUCAUAUCUUGGGGUUUCCUUUGGCCAUAUAUAUCUACAAAAGCCGGGGAUUGGUAUCCAGCUAACUUAGGAAGCAAUGACUUCAAAGGGCUGUAUGGAUACAAGGUAUUUAUAUCCGUAUCUGUGAUACUUGGAGAUGGUCUUUAUAAUCUCAUCAAGAUCAUCUAUGCUACUAUCAAGGAAAUAAUGAAUGCACAAUCGAAGCAAGGAAAACUUCCCCUUGUGCAGGUUCAGGAUGGUGAUGAAGGUUCUAAAUUAUCAGCUGAGGAGAAGUUUCGGAAUGAGACAUUUUUAAAUGACAGAAUUCCAUCAUGGCUAGCAGGAUCAGGUUAUGUCGGCCUUGCAGCAAUCUCAACUGCAACUGUACCGAUGAUCUUCCCACAGGUCAAGUGGUACCUCGUCCUCUGCGCCUAUGUGGUAGCUCCCCUGCUUGCCUUCUGCAAUUCGUAUGGUGCUGGCCUCACAGACUGGAACCUGUCUUCCACCUAUGGAAAGAUAGGCCUUUUCAUCUUUGCCUCCUUGGUUGGCCGGAAUGGCGGCGUGAUCGCCGGCCUAGCAGCCUGCGGUGUUAUGAUGUCCAUCGUAUCCACCGCUGCCGACCUCAUGCAAGACUUCAGAACUGGUUACCUGACCCUCUCUUCGCCGAGGUCCAUGUUUGUGUCGCAGCUGAUCGGGACUGCCCUUGGCUGCGUCAUUGCUCCUCUGACCUUCUGGCUCUACUGGACCGCGUUCGAUAUCGGCAACCCUGAUGGCAUGUUCAAGGCUCCAUAUGCCGUCAUCUUCCGAGAGAUGUCGAUCCUCGGCGUCGAAGGAUUCUCGGCGCUUCCCCAGCACUGCCUGUCCAUCUGCUAUGGCUUCUUUGCUGCGGCUGUGGUGAUCAACCUCCUCCGGGACGUCACCCCAAAGAGCGUCUCCAAGUUCAUCCCGCUCCCGAUGGCCAUGGCCAUUCCUUUCUACAUCGGAGCGUACUUCGCGAUCGACAUGUUUGUCGGCACGGUCAUCCUGUUCGUCUGGGAGAGGGUGAACCGCAAGGAAUCUGAGGACUUUGCAGGUGCAAUCGCAUCCGGUUUGAUCUGCGGCGAUGGGAUCUGGAGGUGCUCGUCGUCGUAUAUCUUUGCGAUGGACAGGAAGACAUAUGAGCUCGUUGGGCCAGACUAUCCAGGUAACCGCGCGGAGGACAUCAGAAAUCCUUCUCUUAGCUGGAUGAUUAGUUUCAUGUUCCUCAUUGGUCUCAUUGGCCCAUUUAGCAUCGUCAUGCUGCGAAAGGUAAUGGUAAUUGAUUAUAAGCUCGCAUUCCCUGGUGGGACUGCAACAGCUUUAAUGAUCAAUAGCUUGCAUGGAAAAGCAGAAGCUGAUCUUGCAGGAAGGAAAGUUCAUUGUCUUGUCAAGUAUUUGGGUCUUAGUUUUUUCUGGAGCUUCUUUAAGUGGUUCUUCAGUGGUGUUGGUGAUUCUUGUGGGUUUGACAAUCUCCCAUCAUUUGGAAUUGAAGCUUUUAAGAACACGUUUUAUUUCAAUUUUAAUCCUAGUUAUGUUGGGUAUGGUCUUAUUUCCCCCCAUAUUGUCAACUGCUCUGUUUUUCUUGGGUCAGUGAUAUCUUGGGGUUUUCUUUGGCCAUUUAUUGCUAAGCAAGCUGGUGAUUGGUACCCAGAUAACCUUAGUAGCACCGACUUCAGAGGCCUAUAUGGGUAUAAGGUUUUCAUAGCGAUUUCUGUCAUACUUGGUGAUGGCCUCUACAACUUGCUAAAAAUAUUUCUUAUUAUUGCAAAGGAAAUAUGUAAUGCACAAUCAAAACAAUGUGACUUGCCUCUUCAUGAUCUACUUCAAGAUGAUGACAAUUCCAGACAAUUAGUGGAUGAGAAACUUCAAACCGAGAUAUUCCUUAAAGACAGCAUACCUACUUGGCUUGUGGUUUCAGGUUACAUUGUACUUUCAGUAAUAUCUACUGUGGCUGUGCCGAUCAUAUUUCCCCAGAUGAAGUGGUAUUUUGUCCUUGCCUGCUACCUCCUUGCUCCUGCCAUUGCUUUCUGCAACUCAUAUGGGAUGGGCCUCACAAACUUGAACCUUGCACCCACCUAUGGCAAGAUUGCCCUCUUCGUGUUUGCCUCACUUGUUGGCAGCGAUGGUGGCGUCAUUGCAGGCCUUGCAGCAUGUGGCAUAAUCAUGUCAGUCGUCUGCUCUGCAGCGGAUCUCAUGCAGGACUUCAAGAGCAGCUACCUCACCCUCUCCUCACCUCGUUCAAUGUUUGUUUCCCAGAUGAUCGGUGUCGCCCUUGGAUGCAUCAUCGCUCCACUCACACUGUGGCUCUUCUGGACUGCCUUCGACAUCGGUGACCCCGAUGGCGAGUACAAGGCUCCAUUCGCUGUCAUCUUUAGGGAGAUGGCCAUUAUUGGCAUCGAAGGCUUCGCGGCGCUGCCAAAGCACUGCCUUGAGAUCUGUUGUGUGUUCUUCUUGGCUGCACUGAUCAUCAGCCUCCUGAAGGAUGUUACACCAAACCAUGUCUCCUAUUUUAUCCCCAUUCCGAUGGCGAUGGCCGUGCCAUUCUACAUUGGUGCGUAUUUCGGUGUGGACAUGUUCAUAGGGACUCUGAUCUUGUUCGCUUGGCAGAAGAUAAACCAGAGAGAGGCUGACGACUAUGCGGUUGCAGUUGCGUCUGGCUUGAUCUGUGGAGAUGGGGUUUGGAGCAUUCCAGCUGCUGUUCUGUCCAUCCUGAGAGUUGAUCCACCGAUCUGCAUGUCCUUCAGGCCAUCUGCAGUUUCUGUGUGAUAUGAUGGAUCAAAGCUUCAGUCAAGCAGCCAAGGUAAUGUGCUUGUACAGCUUAUAGUUGCGUCUCUGUAAAUGCAUUCAACACAGGCAUUUAGGAGAGAUUUUAUUUGUUGUUUAUUGUAUGGUUUCAUAUUCAUUACACUGCUUGUUAGCAACCAACAGCAACAUUUACAUAUUGUUCAUGUAAAUUCCAAUGUAGAGAACAGCGCAGACUGAUUAAUACAUUUGAUCAAUAAUUGCACAAGUGUACUGAAUGAGGAACAACUCACAACACUAGCUUACACUUAUUUUGAACCAUGGGACUCCAGGAAACAUCCAUUGCUUCAACCUUAGAUCACAAUCACACCGAUAGUUACCUAACUUAUUCCACAAACACAAUCACACAAUAUAGUAUUCACCGUUUCACUGCCAACUGACUUGUAACUAUCUGCAGCAUGCUUUUUAAUGGAUGAAUUGACUUGUAACUCUUAUUUAUUUCGAGAUCUCUUCAACAUGAGAAGACG